AAUCAAUUGAUUUGAUUUUCAAACGAAAAAAACAAAAACAAUUCAUUUGAAUAACAAUUUCAAUGAAAAUAUGAUUUUUAAAAACUAUUGAUAUUUUGUGCGAAAAAUCGCUGAAAUAUAAUAAGUGUUGAGAAAUAUAUAAAUGAUAUGUUUGUAUGACUUAUGUAUUGAUUGCAAGAUUUGAUGAUUAAUGCCAACCAAUGAUUCAGUGCUAAUCAGUGACCACUCAUUCAUACAAUGGAUUCAAAUAAUGUGAUUCAUUGGAAACAUAUGAGAGAAUACGACCACAAGAAUGGCAUCCGAUUUGAGCGCAAACUUCAGGUCAACGACAGUCUUAUCAGACGACUCGGUCUCGAGAAAGAACUCGAGGGACACUCGGGUUGUGUUAAUUGUCUUGAAUGGAACCAAAGAGGAAGUCUGUUGGCCAGCGGUUCCGACGACCAGCAGAUAAUGAUAUGGGAUCCGUUUAGACACAAACUGUUGCACAGCCUUCAGUCGGGACAUCAGGGAAACAUAUUUUCGGUCAAAUUUAUACCGAAAACCGACGACAAUAUGGUUUGCUCGGGUGCUGCCGAUUGUCGGGUCAGAGUUCACGACAUCACCGGUUCGGAGACAACACUCGUGUGUUGUUGUCAUUUGGGUCGAGUGAAGCGUUUGGCGGUCGCACCCAAUGUGCCGCACCUAUUCUGGUCAGCGGCUGAGGACGGGCUCGUACUUCAGUUUGACUUACGAGAGAAGCAUCGAUGCUCUUCGGUCUCCAACAAUGUGUUAAUCAAUUUAAUGGAUUAUAACGGACCCAAUGCUGAGGUUAAAUGCAUUGCCAUUAAUCCGAUCAGAUCUGAACUGAUAGCCGUCGGCGCCAACGAUGCCUUCGUUCGCCUCUACGACCGACGAAUGAUUUCUCUUCAAUCCAUUCAAAAUCGCGUCGAUAGACGCUAUUCAUGGGAAAGCCAAUACGGAACCGCUAGCGACGAUAAUCACGAAUCCCCUGAUAACUUACCCUCUGGUUGUGUUAAGUACUUCAUUGCCGGACACUUAUUACGGCGUCGCGACCGAAAGAGGUAUCGCGCGUACGCCUCGACGUACCUGUCCUUCAGCGCCGACGGCAACGAGUUGUUGACGAACUUAGGCUCAGAACAGAUCUAUUUGUUUGAUGUGUUAAAACCAUCGAAGCCUAAGUACUAUGAGAUGACAAACUCUACGCACAGGAAUGGUUACCACAAAGAGUGCACAUCCAGUAACGGAUACUGUGUUAACGGCUGCCAAUCGACGGACUUUAUUCCGAAAACGGCUCAGUUUUACAAGAAAUUGUAUGCAUUUAGCUCUCCGUUACCGCAAAUCAUUGACAAAAUCAAAGGCAAAGCGAACGAUAAUUUCGAGAAAAGCGACUUUAAGUUAGCCAUCAAUUUGUAUAACACAGCCAUAGCGUUGUGUCCGCGGGCGGCCGUCCUCUACGGUAACCGUGCGAUGGCUUACAUGCGGCGCAAUUGGGACGGAGACACAUACGCCGCCCUCAGGGACUGUUACACAGCGCUCGCCAUCGAUGGCCACUAUUUGAAGGCUCACUUCCGACUCGUCCGAUGCCUUCUAUCACUCGAGUGGUAUAGAGAAGCGUCCGAUUGUUUCGAGAAUUUCAAAACCAAAUUUCCCGAACAAUCCAAUACUGAAUCUUCCGUUUCAUUGAAUCGAGACAUUCAAAAAGCAAUUAACACGAAGACAGAUAAAAGCAGUCAUUUGUCGACUGAUGGCAACGGUUAUGACAUUACGUACAAUAUGUCAAACGCCGUCAAUAGUCAGGAGAAAGAGUGGAGAUCUCUGUCUUACGAUUACAAGAAGCGAUUCUGCGGUCAUUGCAACACAACUACUGAUAUAAAAGAGGCCAACUUUUUCGGAAGUGAUGGGCAAUACAUAAUCGCCGGUUCAGACGACGGAUCCUUUUUUGUGUGGAAUAAAGAGACGACAAAUAUUAUGCGUGUAAUGAGAGGCGACGACUCUAUAGUGAAUUGUCUUCAGCCUCAUCCGAGUUCGUGUUUAUUGGCCACCAGUGGUAUCGAUCAAGUGGUCAGACUCUGGAGUCCGCGACCAGAGAAUGGUCUAAAAGAUGAUCGAGAAGUGGAGAAUUCGGAGGACGCAGCGAUGGCUAACCAGAAACGUAUGAAUACGGAUCCGUUGGAACUGAUGUUAGCGAAUAUGGGAUACCGAGUGCCCAAUCUCUUUGAAUCUGAAGACUCAGAUACGGAUCAAAUGGGUCUUCAAUGCAGAACCAAUUGAUUGCAGAUUUUGCGCAACAUUUAAUGCAUUGCGAAUAUUCUGUAGUUUUUGGUUCAAUAUAUCUGUAAUUU